CCCGGCCCAGAUACAUUGCGUGGGGGACAAUUCCGGCAUCGACGGGAUAGAUUCGCCGGUCCAGCCGCCGCCGCCGGCACAACCCGCAGCCGCCGCCAGCGAGCGAGCGAGCGAGAGAGACAGAGAGAGAGAGAUGGCGCUGACCAACUUCGUGCUGACGGUGGCGGCGGUGGGCGCGGCGGCGCUCCUCUUCACCACCGACAUCCGCAAGUCCGGCGCGAUGUUCCGCCGCAACGCCCGCCAGAUUCGUGCCUGGCUCGAGGAGGAAUCCGCCUCCGCCGCGUCCAGGUCAGCAAAAGACGCACCUCCCAAGAAACUGAAUGGGGAUAUUCCAAAGGAGAAGCCAAAGGAAGAUGGUCACUGAAGUGUUUUGGCUCUGUCUAGAUGUAGAAAAUGAAUGGAGCAUCUAAUUGGCCUUUCCUUUCUUCUUAAGAUCUAAAGCUCGUAGCAUAAAUAAGAUGCACUAUAGUAGCUUCGAAGCCUUCGAUGUGUGCAUAGCUGUAUAUUUUGUCCAAUGCAGCAGACAUGAUUGUUCCCUUAUAUGGACGGGAGAAAUUUGGCAGAGUUGCAUUACUGUGCCUUCUGUCUUGGUACCAGUAAUUCAGUACUCCAGAAUUGAAAUGAAGUUGUAGUGCGGAACAAGAAGCUGAAAUUUCUCUUUGCGGCAGGCUGCAUCAUGAGUUUAUUGUCUAUAUGCCAUGGUUAGUGUAUAUUCAGUACUCUGUGUCAUAUUGUGCAUACACCAUUAGUUGCAAAAUAAACCAAUCUAGUACUUAUACUA